AAACUUGAGAUCCCCCUGCCUCAACCUCCAGAAUAGCUGGGAUCACAGGUGUGCACCACCACUCCCAGCUCUGAAAUUCUUAUCCUUGUGAAGAGGGAUCCGUAUUUUUAUUUUGUACUGGGCUCUGUAAUUAUGUAGUGGCUUCCAGUCCACCAGCAUUUCUACACCCAGGCUCCCAAUGUUCCCUCAACACUUUGGUUUUCCUGAGCCCAGGGAUGACCCUGUCUCUCUCUCCUGUCGGGAGCCAUUGGAAGCGGUGAAGUCCCCAAACCAGAGCCACACCAUGGUGGAGCCGGGAGAACAACUGCCCGAGGAAGUGCUGGCUCUCAUCUUCUGCCACCUGUCCCUCAGGGAUCGUGCUGCUGCUGCUGGGGUCUGCAGGGCCUGGGCAGCCGCUGCCACCAGCAGUGCUGUGUGGCAUGACACAAGCAUCAGAUGCGACAGUGAACGGGAAGGCAUACUGCCACCAUAUCUGUCUGUCUGCCUGGACCACAUUCACAACCUUCAGCUGGAAUUUGAGCCGUCGAGGAAAUCGAGCCGCCGAGCUGCCACCGAGCUGCUGACUACGCUGGCGGGCCGUGCCCCAGGGCUUCGAGGCUUGCGCCUGAAGUGCUGCGGAGAGAAACCGCUCUUCGACGCAGGCCGAGACGUCCUCGAUGCUGUGCAUGCCCUCUGUGGGUCCGCCGGCCAGCUGCACCACCUUGACCUGCGGUGCUUGCCAUUCACACUGGACGACGCGCUGGUGCUGCAGGUAGCCUGUGGCUGUCCGGAGCUCCGCAGCAUUUUCCUAGAUAACCAUACGCUGGUUGACAGCGUGGGGCCGGGCUCAGUACUCAAGCUACUGGCGGCCUGCCCGCGCCUGCGCACCCUUGGCCUGCACUUGGCCAGUUUGUCCCGCGCUGUCCUCGAUGCGCUGGCAGAGCCAAAUCGCGCACCUUUUGCGCUCCUGGCUCUGCGGUGCGCGAGCCCUGAAGAUGCACGCGCAUCCCCACUGCCCGACGGAGCCUGGGUAGCGUUGCACUGCCGCCACCCUGGGCUGACUGUGGAGCUGGAGCUGGAGCCUGCGCUGCCAGCUGAGAGUGUGAUGCGCGUUCUGCAACCAGCAGUACCCGUAGCUACGCUGCGUCUCAACCUCUCGGGUGACACUGUAGGUCCAUUGCGUUUUGCCGCGUGCCACUACGCCACAACCCUGCGCGCGCUAGAGGUGCGUGCCUCCGCCUCACCCGAGUUGGACACUGCGCUGGAGGAACUGGCAAGGCGGUGCGCGGGCCUGCGUGAAAUACACUGCUUCUGCGUAGUGAGAACAUCGGUGCUGGACGCCUUCCGCGCGCACUGCCCGCGCCUGCGCAGCUACACACUCAAACUGAAGCGCGAGCCACAUCCCUGGCGGCCCACGCUUGUGCGAUAAUUGGACAAACUCCUUCUCCCCCCGCCCCCCACAAACCUGAGGCUUCUGAGACGCGGGAAGAAUUUCCCAAGCACACCCCAAUUGCCAGCUCUUUCCUUGGGGAUUCCGGUGCCUCUGUGCCUUUUGGGGAUGGGACCGGUGGGAUGGCGUCCGCCCUGUACUGCACCGGACACCCUGAGUCCACUCGGUGCUCUCAACCUCUGCAGACGCCAACUCUGUCCGGACCGCAGUGGACCCCCACCCCUGCUCUUCUGCAUGCUCUGUGCCAGUUCUGUGGUCCGGCAUCGGGGGAGGGCAGGCACAGACGCGGGCUGGGCCUUAGGGGUGAGUGUGAA